UGAUUGGACAAUAAUGUAAACACAAACACGUGACCUAUGGAGUUACUAUUGACUUAGUUUAUCUAUUUAAACCUUUUGAAAGAUGUCCAUUUAACUUCAAAGUAUGUCAACGACUUCAUUUAAAGUGCCCACUUGAGAUUUAACGGAUGUUUCGCAGCUGUUAAAUGAACAUGAUGGAAGUAGACCAGACGUCGACGGUUGUUCUGGACAUAAACAAUGCUGUAGAGAUUCAGAAGAACCUCUCCGAAGCAUUGGAUCGACUGAGAAAUAAAGUUAUCUUAUUUAAAAGUCAGAGGGAGGAUGAUUCAGCAUUUGCUGUACAGCUUAGAAGAAAUGGAACAGGACCAGGCCUGCAACACUUACAGACUGGCAUAUUGGAAAAACAGAUGGAGACUAUAGCAAAACACUGGUUAGAAUUUAAAGAUCAGAACCAGCAAAUAGCAAACAUCUUCAAGAAUGCUUACUGUACUAUGGAAGGUUUGGUUAAUUGUCUGACUGUGCAGAUAGAAGAAUGGCAGUCGCAAUUUCAACUACAUUAUGCAAAACUAAUGGCACAACCAGAUCUGGACAAAAUCGCACAAUGGUGUGCCGAGGUUGGACAAAUCAUGCACAAGAUUCUGCACGAAAGCUUUGAAAGUUGGGGGAAAAUUUUACAAAAUGUUCCUGUGGUUACUGAAGCAAUGAUGACAGAGUAUGAAACGCAGAAAUCAGCCUUCCGCAGUCUGAUGACUUGCUUUAUUCAGAGCACCUUUCUAGUCUCUGAGCAAGGAGAUUUCUUUAUAAAGACUUUGAAGAAAUGUUUUCCAACAUUUCGUCUUAGAAUUUUAGCUGCAGAUUUCUGUGAAAAUUCGACAGAAGUCAGUGCUCACUUUGUGGCUGAAUCUGACCUUAAACCAUGUAUCAAUGGCGACGACCUAGACAUUGAAACACUGAAGAGAAAAGAAUUGAAAAUAACUCUGGACAAAAAGCAUAAAUCUCUUAACAAACUAGAAAUGUCAACACUAAAGGGAAAACAGAAAAUGGAAUGCUGUUUCGAAAAUCUCCAGUUUGUUGAUACAUUUAAGAGAAAGCAGAAGAAAGACUCAAAAGUGCACGAAGAAAAAUUCAGGGUUGUUUUCAUAACCAGGAUGGAGUCGAAAACAUGUUGGACAAUGUCGCUGCCAUUGGUUGUAAUAACGGCAUCAAACCAGGACAUUUCCAGUUUAGCCUCCAUUAUGUGGCAGUGUUUCUCUACAAAAAAUGUUUUUUCCCUGGAAGAAGUAGUGCCAGCUGAGCUUCCGUGGUAUUCUGUUGCAGAAAUGCUUAAGAAAAAGAUGUCUGUGAUCUCUAAAUCACAUAGAUCUAACUUAACUAAGGACAAUAUCACUCACCUGAAAAACAGAAUGUUUGGCGUAGAAGACCAACCAGAUGAUACGCCUGUGUCUUUGACCCAGUUCUGUUGUCUUGCCAUGCCAGAUGGUUCGACAUUUUCGUUCUGGAAAUGGUUCCUUGGUAUUUGCAACCUGAUAGAAGGCCAUCUCGUCAAGUAUUGGGAUGACGGGUUGAUCGUGGGAUUUGUUAAAAAGGAAGAUGCAGAGAAAAUGCUUCUAAACUGUGACCGAAGUGGGACAUUCAUUCUAAGAUUCUCAGACAAAUUGCUUGAUGACAGAGAUGGGUAUAAAAACGUGUUUGGUCACCUGACAUCGUCAAUCCUGUGUAAAAGAAAUAAAGCAGCAGAAGAAACAGGAAAUAAAAGAAACAUCUUUGGUCAACACGAUAUUGCGAAAGAAACGGUUAUAGAGCAUGUGAAGAUAAAAGACUUCUCGAAGAAAGAGGAUGGCCCACCAGAAAACUUGGCAGAUAUAUUAAAGAAAGAACCGAAACCAUUAUAUCGCUUCCUGUUUCCUAGUCUUAAGCCUAGAAAGGAGCUUUUUGACAAAUACUGUACAGAUAAAAGGGAAAGCUGUUUGGAUGGAUACAGGAAUGCUUCUGAUGUGGAUAUUGCAGCCGAUGACAUGGAACGAGAUAUGGCAAACUUAGACCUCGGUAAACAAGUUGUAAGCUCUCCAAGUUCACAGGCUGAUCAGAGCUCGGUUGCAGAAACCAGAACUGUUAAGAAACCGAGACGUAGUAAGGAAAGGCUUGAAUCGGAUGAAAAAUCAAACCAGGAACAGACGGAUUGUUUCUCAAGCGUUUCCAUACAACAGGUCCCAUUUAAACCCAUGCAGAGUCCCUGUACUGAACAGAGACAAGGUCUCAUUUCUGUGAGCCUUAUAUAUGAAGAUGGAAGUCCAGCUCAAUCAGUUCCUGACUCUGCCCUCCAGGGGCACGUAACACAUGAAGUGAAUGGAGAUUCGGUUGUACCAGAUUCACUUGAUAAUGCAAGACUGCCAACAGUUCUGGAGGGUAUGGAAAUUUGCGAAACAACGUCACGUGGAAAUCAUAUCAAUUACCAGAAUAACAGUUCUGAGAAGACUUUUGGAGAAGCUGUGCCAUGUUACAAUCGAGCUGGAGAAAAUGGCCCAGUCUUAGAUACCUCAUUUUCAGAGACAACUUACAGCGUGGAAGGACACCCUGUAAUCAUGCAUGCAAACAGUGCUGUAGUAGGAGGCGUUACUACUUCAAAUAGAACAUUAGAUUUCUCAGUUAAUGAUGCAGAUAUGAAUCUGGGCGAUGUCAUCUCAUCUGUUGAAGAAGGAAGUUCAACAAUGAAUGAAAUUGGUUGGUUGUUGAAUGGAGGAGUUAGUGCCCAAGAUGGAGGAAUCAGUGAACUAGAGGUUGGCUCUGACAUUCCAGCGGGCGAAGCAGUUGUACAUGUAGAUGGAACUAUAUUGCAAAAUGUCAAUACUCUUGUAUUAACCGAUGACGUCAGCAUGUCACUAGGAGGUCAAAUAUUUGAUCAAUCAGUGUUGUUUCCUAAUCAAAGUAAUAGGGAAAACUGUCAAGAAGUUGGUAGUUGUGAGAAUGAUACAGGAGAGAAAAACGUCGGUCUUGAAAAUCACAACCUACUGGACCCAUUCAUAAUGAAUCAAGAGAUAGAGCCGGUAUUAUCGCUACCUACCCGAAAUGAAUUGAAGAAACUACUUACACCUGAUGGUUUUAGAAAGAUUCUUUUAUUGAUUAAGGAAGAUAUUAAUGCAGUGCCUGCUACACCCACCAGUUACACUGGACAGAACAUUGCUGACUCUGAUGACAUUGAGACAGAUAUGCCGUUUACUGCUGAUACUGAGUUUGAUGUAGCUGACAUUGAUAAACUCAACGAACAAGAUAACAGCUUUGAAAUUGGCCUGCCAGAUCUAGGAGACUUGGACGGAAUUCUGAACGGCUUAUAAUUCGCUCGCUUGAACCCGUAUGAAUGUGAAAAUCUAUCUAGUAUUUGAUUCAUUAAUUCUCUUUUGGUGUUGUACGAUCAUUAUUAAGAUCAUAAUCGUUCGAAAGUGCUUCUGUUGUGGAAUAUGUAAUGAGAAUAUUUGGUGAUAUCUUGAAACAUGAUAGUUACGAGUAUAGGCGAUAUCUGUAUUUUUUUUCACCAAAAAUGCCUGUUAUUAUGUACAAAAAAGGAAAACAAAUAUUGUGUUGUAUUUUUGUUGAACAAUGUCGUAAUACUCCAGAUACUGUGAAAAUUUAUCAGAUUCUGUCGCUUGAGUCGAGGUUACCUUUAUCUUUAUCUUUUGAGACGUUUUAAUAAAGCAUAUUCAAAUAGAUAUAUUUGAGCCGUGCCAUGAGAAAACCAACAUAGUGGCUUUGCGACCAGCAUGGAUCCGCGCAGUCUGGUCAGGAUCCAUGCUGUUCGCUUUUAAAGCCUAUUGGGAUUGGAGAAACCGUUAGCGAACAGCAUGGAUCCUGACCAGACUGCGCGAAUGCGCAGGCUGGUCUGGAUCCAUGCUGGUCGCAAAGCCACUAUGUUGGUUUUCCCAUGGCACGGCUCAUUUAUGGAUUUUGGACGAUAAAUGCCCAACCGCUAGAAAUAAGUUUGAAAAUUAAACUGAGUAUAUUCAUCAAAUCUGUUACGCACAAAAGUGAGAGUUGCAGUCUCUAAAAUUAAAUGUUUUAAGGAAUCUUCAUAUAUUUAUUUAUUUACUUAUUAAACCAGGACAAUUUCGAGGACACGUACUAAAUGCGACAAAGUUCUUCAUUCAUUCACUGCAGUGUCAGAUAAAGUGGAAACAUUUCAAGACAACAACUGUUAAUAGAUAUUAAAAGGAUAAAAACUCAGAAAAAAAACAGUUCAGGCGGGAAUCGUUUAUGCCUCCUUUAAGUGCAUGUUAAAAGAUUGGUGAUGCAGCGGCAGAAGUGUAUUGUACAGUUGAGUUGGCAUCUUGGACAUGAUGAAAUCCAAAACAGUUACGGAUCAGUUUAUCAUGAAGCUUUUGUAUCAACAAUACAUGAUAAAAACUUACAAAAUUAUAAAUCACAUCAGUAUAAAGUCUUUCUUUAUACAAAGCAUAAUAACAGCAAACAUAUGUAAUAUAAAUCAUAUCAUUAUAAAGCUUUUGAUGCUAUUUGAGUGACUAAUAUGCAUUCAUUUAAUCAUUUUCAAAAAAAGUCCUCGUCUUGACUAACUUGAUUACGCAACACUUUCUUUGGCUUCUAACAUGGUUAUUGUUGUCUUUGCCUUUAUAUAUACAAACAUAACGUGAUAGUUGCAAAUCAUACAAAUAUGAAGCUUUUUAUAACAUCUAACACUCUAAACACAAAUCGCAGCAUAUAGCUUUUUAAGCAAAACAUGAUCACAUCAAAAGAUAACAGGUCAGGGUAGAUUUCUCGGAAGCCACCGCCCCAAAGCCACGUAUUUGCAAGGUAGGCCCACAACUGAAAGAAACUGUAUUGGAAAAAUAUUACAGACGGGUUGCUUCAAAAAUCUAACUCAUAUCUACGCCAAGCUUUAUUUAAAUAAACGAAAAGGUACAGCGAUUCUUAGUUUAUGCUGUGUUUGAUGAGUUAUUUAAUUGAAUUCAUCGUUUAGGAUCAGUAUGUUGAACGUGUUGAUUCGAGAAGAUAGAAAUUAAAUUGUUCCCAAAACUAAA